ACUUGACCUUCAAAUUUCACCCUAAACUGUUAAACAAGAUAUAUUUUUACCCUAAUCUUUACUCGUACGAUGCUGUUCAAAUAAUUACACCGUGGUUUUGGUCUGCGAGUGACCCCAGGAGCUUGCUUGCAUGUUUUUACUGCCCUCUGCUCGAUCUGAGACGUCGCUCGUCGAUCCGAUGGUCGCCCGCACGCCUGCAUCCCUUCCCCAAACCAGUCCCCGAGCAGAACCGGGCCCAGAACGCGAUGCCUCCCCGCCGCGCGCCGCCGCUCGCCGGCGCCCUCCCGCGCGUCCUUCGCGGCAUCUGCACCGCCGCGCCGCCGCCAUCCAAACCCCCGCCCGAACCGCUCUCCCGGUCUGAGCUCGACGCCAUCUCUGCGCUCCUCCCGCGGCUCCUCUCCGCUGGCCACGUCCCCGCCGCGGGGCGCCUCCUCUCCGCCGUGCUCCUCCUCCCGGGCUCCCUGGAGCGCCUCCCUCUUCCGGCCCUCGCCGCGCACCUCGCCUCGCUCCCGACCCUCUCCGAGGCCUUCGCUCUCCUCACCGCGCUCCGCCACCACCCGGCCCGCCCCUCGCCGCUCCCGCUGGCGUCGCCGCUGCUCGACAGCCUCCUCUCCCGGCGCCGCGCGCGCGACGCGGCCUCCGUGCUGCGGUGGCUCUGCCGCCCGGACUCCCCGCGCCGGCCCGACGCCGCCACCUACGCUGCUGCCGUCGCGGGGCUCUGCCGCCUCGAGGACCCCAGGGGCGCGCUCGGCGCGCUCAGGGAGAUGGCCGCGGACGGGUUGCAGGCCUCGCCUGAGCUGCGGGAGGCGGUGCGGGACGCGAUGCUGCAGGACGCCAGGAUCGAGGAGGCGUGGGCGCUGGAGGAGGCGAUGCGGUUGCCGGAGAUCGGCAAGGUUGUGGAGCUGGUCGACAAACUUCUUUCGGAGUGGGAACCCUGAGCCUUUCAGGAGGAAGAGCAAUGCAUGGUUGGUGCUUCCCUGUGUUGGAUGCAAACGUGAGAAAUUUUCAAUAUGCGUUGACCUAGAGUUGAUGGCAACGUUUAGUGCUAAUGAAUUUGUAGCUUGAAUAAAAUCUGAUGAGACAGCCAUCUGCCAGUUUGUAUUGGAAUUGGAUGGUUAUUCAGUACCAAGAACUCAAUGUUGCCAUGCAGGAGAGCACAAUUCGCUAAAACAAUGUUGCAAGACUUGAUUGGAUAGAUCAAUGUGCAUACAAUUGGGCAAAGGUCAUUUCUGGAGUGGUUUUGGUAUUGGAUUAUUUGCAAUGUCGAUGUCCAUGAGAUGUGAUGAGCUGGAAGAGAUGAUUGAUCUGCACAAGUUCCAUAUUCAGAACACAGGACAGAUUUCGCCUGAACAGAUUUCUACCUAAGAUGGCAGAGAUGCCAUUGGGCGUAUUUAAAAAUUAGGAUAUGUAUCUAAGCAGAUUUAGAAAGGCAGAUUUUUUUUUCUUGUGCUUUGCGUUCCGAUGGCAAUUGGAUUUGAGUUUUGAAUUUUGACUGAAAACAUAGUAUAAUUACCUCAGGCAUAAAAAUUACACAUGGGGUCUUGGUAUCAACAUCGAAUUCAGUGCUAUUUGCAUAA